AUGGAGUACAAGACUGAGGGAACAGAAAAAUACCAGCAUAGCUUGAAUUUACUGAAUAAAAUUAAGAACAUGAAAGAAUUAGCAGAAAUGAUUGAUGUAGUACUCAUAGCAGAAGAGGAGAAAUUUCCUUGCCACAGACUGGUCCUGGCUGCGUUUAGUCCUUAUUUCAAAGCUAUGUUCACCUGUGGAUUACUUGAGUGUUCUCAAAGGGAAGUCAUACUCCAUGAUACCACAGCAGAAAGUGUGUCCGUUAUAUUAAAUUAUAUGUACAAUACCACUUUAGAGAUCAAUAAUGCCAAUGUGCAGACUGUAGCUAUGGCGGCCUAUUUUAUGCAGAUGGAAGAUGUCUUUAAUGUGUGUCAAAAAUAUAUGAUGGACCAUAUGGAUGCCUCCAAUUGUGUAGGUAUCUAUUAUUUUGCAAAGCAGAUUGGAGCUGAAGACUUAACUGACCAAUCAAAGAAAUAUUUAUAUCAGCACUUUGCAGAGGUGAGCUUACAUGAAGAAAUACUAGAAAUUGAAGUGCAUCAAUUUAUGAUGCUUAUUAAAUCCGAUGAUCUUAACAUAUCCAGAGAGGAGAGCAUUCUGGACUUAGUUCUGAGAUGGGUAAAUCAUAACCAAGAAUUACGCACAGAGCAUCUUGCUGAGCUUUUGAAGCAAGUCCGAUUAGAACUUAUAAAUCCUUCUUUUUUAAGACAAGCCCUAAAAAGGAACACAAUGCUUCUGUGUGAUGCAGGUUGCAUUGAUCUAAUUCAGAAUGCAUUCAAAGCCAUCAAGACACCUCAACAGCAUUCUCUAAAUCUUCGUUAUGGAAUGGAGACUACCACUCUUCUGCUUUGCAUUGGUAACAAUUCUUCAGGAAUCAGGUCAAGACAUAAGAACUAUGGGGAUGCCAGUUUUUGUUGUGAUCCUGUAUUACGGAAAAUCUAUUUCAUCUCAUCUCCCAAGUACGGAGAGGGUUUAGGAACCGUGUGUACUGGUGUUGUCAUGGAAAACAACACUAUAAUUGUGUCUGGGGAGGCAAGUGCCUCUAAACUCUCUAGACAAAAGAACAAGAAUGUUGAAAUCUAUAGGUAUCACGAUAGAGGAAACCAAUUUUGGGAAAAGUUAUGCACAAGUGAAUUUCGAGAGCUUUAUGCUCUGGGCAGCAUUCAUAAUGAUCUCUAUGUUAUAGGAGGACAAAUGAAAAUUAAAAAUCAGUAUCUUAUUACAAACUGUGUUGAUAAGUACUCUGUAGAGAAGGACCAUUGGAAAAGAGUGUCUCCCCUCCCUCUACAGUUGGCAUGUCAUGCUGUAGUAACAAUGAAUAAUAAACUUUAUGUGAUUGGAGGCUGGACCCCUCAGAUGGAUCUUCCUGAUGAAGAACCUGACCGGUUAAGCAACAAACUGUUUCGGUAUGACCCCAGUCAAGACCAGUGGACAGAGCGGGCACCCAUGAAGUACUCCAAGUACCGAUUCAGUACAGCUGUAGUCAACACUGAGAUUUAUGUUUUGGGUGGGAUUGGCUGCGAAGGUCGAGACAAGGGCCAGGUUCGAAAAUGCCUUGAUGCUGUGGAGAUCUACAACCCUGAUGGGGAUUUUUGGAGAGAAGGCCCACCCAUGCCAAGUCCCCUCCUCUCCCUUCGAACCAAUUCUACAAAUGCAGGAGCAGUGGAUGGGAAGUUGUAUGUCUGUGGAGGAUUCCAUGGAGCAGAUCGCCAUGAGGUUAUCUCCAAAGAAAUAUUGGAGCUGGACCCAUGGGAAAACCAAUGGAAUGUUAUAGCCAUCAAUGCCCUCAUGCAUGACAGCUAUGAUGUCUGCCUAGUGGCCAGGAUGAAUCCCCGAGACCUCAUCCCUCCACCUUCAGAUUUGGUGGAAGAAGGCAACGAGCUCUAA